AUGAAUAACCUCCAUUUCUACGCGUCCUCCCGCUUCGGAAACUUCCCUAAAACCUUCUCUCUCCGCCGGAAAGUUCCCUGGUGGGAUCAAAUCCUUGAUCCUGGAAGUCGAAUCAUAAGAAAUUGGAACUACAUUAUUCUUAUCACAUGCCUUAUAGCCUUAUUUUUGGACCCUCUCUAUUUUUACCUUCCAGUUAUUGGUGCCCCUGCGUGCAUGCAAAUCGAUAUAGGCCUAGGAAUCAUUGUCACGUUUUUUCGAACAGUGGCAGACUUGUUUUUUUUCGUGCACAUCUUCUUAAAGUUCAGGACAGCUUUUGUGGCACCGAAUUCAAGGGUUUUUGGAAAGGGAGAGCUCGUAAUGGAUCGAAGGGCCAUCGCAAUCCGGUACUUGAAGUCGAGUUUUGCCAUUGAUCUUGCAGCUGCCCUCCCUCUCCCACAGAUUGUCAUUUGGUUCAUAAUUCCGGCUGCUAAAAGUCCAUCAGCUGCUCAUGCUAACCAUACACUUUCUUUCAUUGUUCUCAUUCAAUAUGUUCCUCGAUUUGUCAUCAUGUUUCCUCUAAACCAACGGAUAAUUAAAACUACCGGGGUUGUGGCCAAGACUGCUUGGUCAGGGGCGGUAUACAAUCUCCUUCUGUGCAUGCUGGCUAGCCAUGUCUUAGGGUCUUCAUGGUAUGUCUUGUCCAUUCAACGGCAGUACGAGUGCUGGAGAGUAGAAUGUGCAAAGGAGAUUAAUACUACACACUCUCCAUCAUGUAAUCCUGUCUUCCUUGAUUGUAGUACCAUAGGAAAGCCUGAACGAAACUUUUGGCUCAAGAGCACUCGUGUGAUCACUAGUUGCGAUGCUAAAAAUGACGAUAACAACGACUUUCAGUUUGGAAUGUUUGCUGAUGCUUUCACCAACGAUGUUGCUUCAUCGGUUUUCACAGAUAAAUACUUUUAUUGCCUUUGGUGGGGUUUAAAAAAUUUAAGUUCAUAUGGACAAAAUAUUGCAACAAGUACUCUUAGUGGAGAAACUUUAUUUUGCAUUGUUAUUUGCAUCAGUGGUCUAGUCUUCUUCUCACAUCUAAUAGGCAACAUGCAGAGCUAUCUCCAAUCUACAACGGCAAGAAUAGAAGAGUGGAGAAUUAGACGAAGAGAUACAGAAGAGUGGAUGAGACACCGCCAAUUGCCACCAGAUUUGCAAGACCGUGUCCGCCGGUUUGUUCACUAUAAAUGGAUUGCCACAAGAGGUGUUGAUGAAGAAGCUAUAUUGAAGUCCUUACCCUUGGACCUCCGGCGUCAAAUUCAAAGGCAUCUUUGUCUUGCCCUUGUUCGCCGUGUUCCUUUUUUUGCUCAGAUGGAUGAUCAGCUCCUAGAUGCCAUAUGUGAACGCCUUGUAUCAUCCUUGAACACCAAAGACACGUACCUUGUCCGGGAAGGAGAUCCGGUUAAUGAGAUGCUUUUCAUCAUUAGAGGCCAACUAGAAAGCUCCACAACCAAUGGUGGUCGAACAGGAUUUUUCAAUUCCAUUACCCUGGGGCCUGGUGACUUUUGUGGUGAAGAGUUGCUGACAUGGGCCUUGAUUCCCACCUCUAGCUCCAGCUUAAACCUUCCAUUGUCAACCAGAACAGUCAAGUCACUUACUGAAGUUGAGGCCUUUGCUCUCCGGUCCUGGGAUCUCAAAUUUGUGGCAAAACAAUUUAAGCGACUGCAUAGCAAGAAACUACAACAUGCUUUCAGAUACUAUUCCCACCAAUGGAGGACGUGGGGAGCUUGCUUUAUACAAGCCGCUUGGAGAAGGUUCAAGAGGAAAAAGCUGGCAAUGGAGCUGGCAAGACAAGAAAGCUUGUAUGACAUGCAAGACAAUGAAGAUAGCUACAGUGAAGGAUCAGCCGGUGCGGAAUAUGACGAUGGUGAUGCUGCACCAGCUAAUAAUGCAAGCAAUUCCCAGCAUCUUGGUAUCACGAUACUGGCUUCUAAAUUUGCUAAAAACACAAGAAGAGGAGCCCAGAAGAUGAUUAGCAGGAUUGGCGCUGAUGAUUCAAUCUUAAAAAUGCCCAAAAUGUUUAAGCCUGUGGAGCCUGAUUUCUCUGCAGACCAUGAUAAUUAAGCACCAUAAUAUAACUAACCUCAUAUUAGUUAGAAGAGCCAGUAUGUAUGGAAAGAUCUUGUGAAAGGUAAGGCUGUCAACAUUCCUUUAUUAAUUGAAAACUAUACAUUGUCUAGAAAAUAGUACUAAUAAUUAAUUUAGAUCA